AUGCUUUUGGGUGCUAUGACAAGAUUAAUUGGUAGUUUGACACUUUUUGAAAAUAAUGAAAAGAACUUCAGUGAAAAUACCUCAGGUGAUUUAGAUUUUAAGAACAACAAAAUAUCAUACCCGAAGAGUCACUUGAAUUCUGGUAAACAUAACGGAACUGUGAUAUGGAAUUAUUGGAGUAAAUCAUCUGAAGCAUCAACUAGGAAUAAUUCGAAUGAUGAGUUAUCAUUACUAAUAAACCGCACUGACUUAUUGGAAAGUUUAACUUCAAAAUCUUCACUAUAUGAAUCAGGUUAUUCUGAAAAAGAAAAGGAGAGUGCUAAUUCUUUUGAAAAAGAAAUUAAGUUAUUUAAUAAGAGCAAUGUAAGACAAAAUUUUCCCAAUUCAAUAUCAAAAAAAUCAGGGGAUUAUGAAAAAGAUAAGAAUAAAUCUUAUGAAAGCAAUUUUAGUUUACAAUUCAAUUAUAGAAGUUAUCCUCUUACAAAUUCACAAAUAUUGAAUUGGAUGAAUAACUCCUGGUCAGAAUAUGAAAUGGUAGAAGAAGAUAUAAAAAAGUGCAUUAUAAUGGAAAUUGACCAAAUCAAAGACAAAAAUGAAGAAAAUAAAAAAGUAAUAACUCCAUUUCAUUCACUCGCAACUCCAAAAAUAUCUAUUGGGGAUUACUUCAUAACUAGAAUUGUAAAAUUUGUAUCUUUAACGCCCGUAGACUUCUGUGUUAUGGUUAUUUUAAUAAGAAGAGCUGUUAAGAAAUCCAAAGGUACAUUAAAGGUUACAACCUUGACUGCACACAGACUUGUUCUAGCCGCUGCUCUAUUAACAUACAAACUUAUGUAUGAUGUUCAAUAUGGAAUCAAAUUCUGGGCACAUAUUGGUGGAGUACCACAAUGGGAAAUGUUGAUGUUGGAGUAUCAUAUUUUGAAAAUAUUAAAUUGGGACUUAUCAAUAAAUUACCACGAAUUCAAAAAAACAUAUUUUGAAAUUUUAUCAAGUAGAGAUUUAGGAGAUAAAAUAUCUAAUAAAACGGAUAUUAAUAGGAAUGAAAAGAUUGAAUCCCAAAAUAAAGUUGAUCAUACUCAAGUAAAUUCUGAUAGAAGUAAGCGAACCAGGUUGCAAUUGAAUGUAUCAAGAUUAAACUCAAAUCGCAAGAAAUGA